UCAUCACGAGUCAUCCAUAUCACUUUCAUGAAACCAAAAAACCACUAUAAAUCUCCACUUUCAUGCACAAUACUCUUUCAAGUCUUUAGUGCAAACCGUCAUAACCUCACAACAAGCCCACUAAAAAAAUCUCAACUUCCCAUCAAAACAUGCGAACCAACAUUGUCAAAUUCAUCAUCCUCCUCCCCUUCUUCAUCCUUCAAACUUCUUUAGCACAUCCUCCUGAAACCUCCAUGGGGACUAAUGCCCCGACCGGCUCUUCUUCUGGUGCAACUGGUUCGGCCCAUGGGCCAAACUGGGAUUACAGUUGGGGUUGGGGGUCCAGCCCAGGAAGUGGGUGGGGUUAUGGGUCUGGCUCGGGAAGGUCACCCACCGGAUUUGGUAGAGGUUCAGGCUUUGGGUUUGGUUCCGGGUCUGGAUCGGGGUCGGGCUACGGUUAUGGGUCUGGGAGUGGUGGUGCUCAUGGUGGUGGGUAUGGGUCUGGAAGUGGGUCUGGAAACUCUGCUGGUGGCGGCAGUGGUGAAGGAAGUGGCGGCUCGGGUAGUGCCUACACUGACCGUGCAUCAUUCACCGGAAGGGGCAGGAACCAUCAUGUGUGAUGAAUUAAUUUUCUGCGUGUUUGCAUGUUGUUUACGAGUAUAUGAUAAGGUAUAAAAUAGGUGGUGUGUAACCUUUAUAUAGUUUGUGUAUGCUAUUUUAUGAUGAGCUUUUGUACUAAUUUGCAAUUAUAUUAUGUAGUUUAUAAUAUGCUGCGAUAUGAAUACUGUCAGGCAACUUAAUUAUAUGGGUACUUCUCAUGCUCAUUGACUAGUUUUAA